AUGCGAAGGUAUAGAAUUCAUCGUAAAGGGAGGUUUUCACUACGAGUAUUUUUGGAAUACACUACAUUUGGCGACGAGGAUUGUUCUGGAAGAUUCAAAAGCUCCAGAAUUGAACCCGAAGUAAAAUGGCAACAGCAACAAAUCAAGAACUUCAAGCUUCUACAGCGAUUGGCCAUUCCGCAGACAAUCAACCCAGAGCAAGUGUUGGAGUCAUUGUCGACCAACAUCAGCGAGUUCUGCUUUGAUCCGGAGAACGGCACCACAUUCGAAAAGUGGUUCGCUCGGUAUACGGAUCUUUUUGAACAUAGUCUGGAUGAUGCAGCCAAGGUUCGACUCCUGCUCCGAAAGUGUGGCACGUCUUCUCACAGUCGGUACGUAAAUUACAUCCUUCCGAAACUGCCGAAGGAAGUCGCGUUCGCCGAAACCGUCAAGACGUUGGUCAAAAUUUUCGGCAGGCAAACCUCCGUUUUCCACAAGCGCUAUCAAUGUCUACAACUCGUGAAAUCGGAGGCGGAUGACAUCAUCACCUACGGUGGCAAGGUCAACAGGGCGUGUGAAGAAUUCGAAUUCAAAGUUUUGAAAAUCGAGCAAUUCAAGUGCUUGAUGUUUGUUUGCGGUCUGAAGGCACAUCAGAGCGAGACUUCUUUCCCGCAUCGAAGUGAGACAGCAGAAUCACCAGUGACCAUUCAAAUUCUGAUCGACGAGUUUCAGCGGGUCGUCAAUCUCAAGUCGGACAUCACAAUGAUCGAGCAACCCUCUAGCUCAAAGAAUUUGGUUCCACAGCUUAAACAGCUGAUGACGGCAAUGAAGAAGAUGAUCCACCGCAGCCAGAUCCAGUUUCAAUUCCGGUUUCAACGCCUGUAAGACCCAAGCGAAACAUUCAGUUGCCAGCAAGGUUCCGGCCGUACUGAAUGGCUUAAGGGGG